CGCACGUGUUUACAAAAACAGAGCGAGGAACAAAAUAUUUUUCAGAGUUUUUCUUAUUUUUCUUGAAUUUUCUAGCAAAGAAAAAAGUGAGAAAAGAAUGGCUGCAACAUCCCUGGCGGAGCAGCUGAAGCGGCUUCAGAGGCCGCAAACUUCGCAGCUUCUGCUUGACCGGAAGGAGAAGCCCUCGAUUUUGUUUGAGAAGAAGGAUGCUGCCAACAAGGAUAGGGAUACAAUCUAUGAAAUUGGAUUGAGUGGACUGGAAGAGCUGAUUGCGCUCAAUGGGGAUUUUCAGGUGUUCGCCACGACCCUGUUUGAUCGCUCGGCAAAGGAUUUGGAGCGUGCUGUGGAGGACAGUGAGGUGAACAGGAAGCUAGAUAGGAGUAUUAAGAGUUUCCUCAUUCGCCUGUCGCCGUAUUUUAUGCUCCAGGCCACGCAUAAGUGCAUUGAAUGGCUCAUCCGGAGAUUCCACGUGGAGUCAUUCAAUCAGGAUGAGAUUUUGAUGGCAAUUUUGCCCUUCUACGAAUCCCGGAUGUUUGUACGAUGUGUUCAGGUGUUGGACCUGAAGGGGGCAGAGAAGAAAUGGGGCUGGUUGGAGGGAACAAAGAAGAGCGGGCAACCACUGAGUAAGCAAACAAUUAUGAAUCAUGCGGGGAGUGAUGCCUUCUUCCUGCAAUUUGUUGGGAAGAUGUUGGUGGAUUCUGUGAAGGAACACGGACACAGGGCGUACACCCUUCAGGCCCUGAUUGGUUUCUACACAACUACGGUUAUUGGGGCCCUGGAGGGUGUCAAGGAUGUCACGGAGAAUCAUGUAAUUGCCAUCUUUCCGGCCCUGCUGAAGGGAUUAUCUGCAAAUGUGCUUGACUUCACAGCUGCUUCGUACAUGGUACUAGGGCAAUUGCUGAGCAAAACAGCCAUUUCCCCCAAUAGUUUGGACAAGAUUAUCUCCCGCAUUGCCAUGGCAGCUCCUCCAGGCUUGCAAAUGGACGCCACGAUGCUCCUUGUGCUGAUCUAUCAAACGCAACAGAGUCACUUCAGUCAAAUCUCCGAGGAAGCUCUGACUUCUGUCACUCAGGCCACGUGGAUUCCCCAACAUCUCGGUGAAUUGGUGAGUCAGGGCGUGCAGGUGGAUCGUUUCAUCUCUCCCGUGCUUGCCCUCGCACUACGACGUGUCCAGAAGAAGGUGGAAAACUACGUGGCUUGCAAGAAGUUCUGCGAAAAUCUCCUCCUUGAAGUGAGAUUUACCAACGAGGAAGCCGAAGCAGUCAUCCGGUGUGCCCUCAGUAGCUACGUCCUCCGGGAGAAACAUCCGGAAGUUGUGACAAUUGAUUCAGGCGAUGAGAGCGAUAUUCCCCUGAGUGAGAGCAACAUGGAUGUCUCAUCGUGGUACUCGAACUUCCUGAAAACCCUCGAACGUCAAUAUCCGGAAACAUUCGACGCCGUCAUCAAGCAAAUCAUGUCCAGCACGGAAGACAUUUCUGAGGGUCGCAGAACAGCCCUUAAAGCCGUCCUGGGAUUCCUCCUGAAAGUCUCCUUCCGCGAUGGGGAGGAUAGUGUCUUCGAGAAGCUCUACCACCAUCAGGCAAAAUUCCGCGUGGAGGCUGUAAAGUAUCUCGUGAAGAACUUCACAAAAAUCACAAUUAGCCAUGAAAAUGAGGACUUCCUGAAGGAUAGCCUGGCUGAGAGGCUAAAGGAUGACAACCCCAAGGUCGUGGAGCAGGUGCUGAAGCUCCCCAAGGAGACACUUUGUAGCCUUAUGGGUCCGGAAGUUCUCUUUGAGCGUCUCCUGGUCAUUCUCAGUCGCUCAUCUGCUACCCUGGCCAAUUGGAAUAAAGCCAAAUUGGCGUGCAUUCACCAUCUAACCAGCUCAACGGAUUGGAACACUGAGCAAUUCCACAAAAUCUUCAUCGCCGUCUUCCCAUACAUCUUCCCCAAGAGCAAUGACUCCCUGGAGCUGACAAAAGUCAUUCUCAACUCUCAUUUUGCUUCUCAGAGCUCUUUCCUGCAGAAAUGCCUCAAGAAGAUCCAAAAAACAAAAUCAGACACAGCUGAGGACUACCGUUAUGGUGCCCAUGAGGUUUUGCUGGAGAAAUUGGGACUUCCGGAAGCGAAAGAUUUGCUCCGACACAUUGAAAUUGAAUCAAUGGGCAGUGAACAGAAAUUCUAUGCUCUUCUCCUUGUUGCAUCCGCUCUCGAGGAGGCUGCAACACCCGAAAUAAGUCUCCAAUUCCUGGACAUUAUCUCCAAAUCCCUCCACACCGUGGAGAUUGUCAAGAAAGACAUCCGGAAGUCUCAUGAAAUCAUUCACAGCAAUAAACUCCCAAUGAGUUUGUUCUCUCAGUGCUUUGAGAGUAUCAUUAGAUGCACAGACUUCCAAGGAGCAGAAGAUUUCACAGAUGAGACCCUCCAACCUGUGCAGGAGCUGCAAAUAAGACUGUUUGAUCUUCUCCUGAAGAGAUUCUUCGGGAGUUUGCAGCAGGAGGAAACGAAGAAAAUCUACGAAGGUCUUCUGAAGGGAUUCUUGGAGAAAAUUUCAUCUUCUCCGGAAGGGAAGCUCAAUUUCCUAGCUAAUUUCUUCAUCAGUCACACCCUCAGCGAAUCCAUCGUCUCUCCGGAAUUUCAACUUCGCACUGUGAAGCUGACAAAUGCAAUUCUCGAAUCUUCCCCACCAGACAACAUCUCCGAUGGCAUUUUGAGAAAAUUCCUCAUUGGACUUUGCAAUGAAAAUCCCAUCAUUCGCCGGAGUGUCAUUGAAACGUGGGAAAUCCUCGCGGGAUUCUCUGCUCCGGGAAUUAAACUCUUCGCUGAGCUUCUUUUGCAACAGAAGGAAGAGCUAGAAAUGGACAAUGAGCAACUUUCCCUGAUCCUCUACAAUAUUCUCGCUCCAAAUCGCUCUGAGUUGAAGAAGAGAAAGUUUUCGGAGCAGAAACUUUUGGCAUCUGUGCGGGAUUCCUGCUUGGAUUUUGCAGGGCAGGAAUGUUGCAAAUUGAGGCAUAUUCAGGGGUAUCUUCUUCGGAUCUUUGAGCACAUUAACGACGCUGAAAUUUUGAGUAAACUCGCUCCGGUUGCAACGGCUGUCAUAAAGCAAGCCGGAGGUGCCCUAACUGCUCAUGAAUCGCUGAUUGUCAGACAGAUCAUUCUACGCUUCAAUCAGGACACAAUUAAAGGGAUCAGUCAGUACCCCAAAACAUGGGAAUGUAUUGAGGAAAUCAUGAAGAGUAAUACCCUCUUGGCAGAUGCUGCAACAGGAGAAGAAGCUCCCGCAACACCAGCAAUGGCCUUUGCAGAUAACUUUGACACCGAAAUGUUUGCAGUUUUCAAUGAAAAGUACCAAGAAGACUUCUUCCAACUCAUUGUGUCCAUUGCAACGUUCUCAGAGGUCCCCGAAGUUGUUGCCUCAUUGGGAAAUCUUGUUAAACGAAUUGAUUUUGAUGCAAAGAUCAUGCAAAACAUCCUGGAGGAAAUGCAAAAAGUAAAAAUCCCAGCUGGAGAUAAGAAGAAAACCCCGAAAAUUGUUCCAUCUGUGGAUAUUUUGAAGACAAAGGAAUGGCAAAUGGGCGUAACAAUGCUCGAAUUCAUUCAGACAAAGAAGAAAAUUGCAAAUAUGAAGGUUCUCCUGAGCGUACUCUUUGGCAUCCUUAAGCGAUGUGUGGAUUUUGAGGAGCAAAGCCCCGUGGAGUAUACAAAACAAAUUGUUCUCUCCUCCAUCCUGCUAAGCUGCCAAGAUAUUGAGGAUAGGCACAGGGAUAUUGUCAAUGAGAGUGUCUUCAAGAUUGAUUUAGUUGUUCAAUGCAUAAGGGCUUCGUAUAACCCACAGACGCAUCAUCAUGCACUGCAGCUGAUCUGUUUUGUUUCAUCGAUAAUCCCUGAGCAAGUUUUGCACAAUAUGAUGGAUAUUUUUACCUUUAUGGGUUCCUCAGUUGUCCGUCAAGAUGAUGCGUAUAGCUUCCAGAUUAUUGGGAAUAUCAUUGAGAACGUUAUUCCCAUUCUUGUGCAGAAGAAUUCAACGAAACCCACGCAGGAAGCUGAAUUUGUCGUUGCUCCAGUUCUCAAUGUUUUCGUCGACAUCAUCCUCGAUGUGCCUGAACACCGUCGUCUGCCGAUGUACGUCAAACUCAUCGAUACUUUGGGUCCUGAUGAGAAUCUCUGGCUCUUCUUGGAGAUACUCUUUGGGAGUCACGUUAUACAGGGUACAAAGGUCAAAAAGGACUCCCGCCAGGAUGCUGCUGCGGAGCUCCCAAAACGUCUUCAAGUUGCUCUUGCGAUUGCCAAUGAAUUUCCUCCGGAUGUUGUGGUUGUAACGUGCACGAAGCUCAUUGAGCGCAUCCAGAAGAUUCUGCAAGAGCAAAAGGAAAGUGUUGACAAGGAAAAAUCCACGGAGGUGAAGCUUUUUAAUCUCGAGGGGGCAACAGAUAAGCAAAUGCGGCACUUUAAGUAUAUUACAAUUCAAUUUGUGAGUAAUGUAACAUCAUCAGGGCAUUUUGUUACGAAAGUUGCAAAGAUGAAUGGGGAAGACUUCCAACGGAUGAAGCCAUUCUAUCAAAAUAUCAUUAUCCGGGAAUUAAUGCUCAUUGGGGAGGCGUCAAAAGCUCUCGAUCGUCAUCCGGAGCAACACAAGUAUUGGAAGGUUAUCCUGCAUCAUUGCUACGAUAUCCUGGACAACUGUAUCCUCCUCCUAUCACCUGAUAUGUUCCUCGUUGUCAUCAAUGGACUCAUUCAGCACAAACUCAUGACGGUACGGAGGAAAGUUAUUGAGUUGCUGAUUAAUAAACUUCAGCAAAAGGAUCAAUUCUUCCGUGGAUGCGAUGAUAGUAACUUCCUGCAAGUUCUCGCACCACUUCGUGCAAUAAUUGACACAAUUGUCCCAAAGGAGGAGAAGGAAACUGACAACGAAGCUGCUCUUGUUCAGCAAGUUUCACUCAUUGCUGUGAAGAUUCUGUCCAAGAUCUUGGCGGAGAAUCAAACGGAAAUCUUCAAGGAGCUCCUAAUGCAGCUAAUUGGUAUCCUAAAGAAGCACAAAGCCCUUCAGUCCAUCAUCUUGGCCUCCGUUGUACUGACAAUUGCGGAAAUUUGUUCAAAUCUACGCGUCCAUGCCUUGUCUGGGCUCUCAGUCUUUAUGCCAAUCUUCCUGCAGAUUUUGCACAUUCACUGCCAGGACAAUGAGACCGUGGACAUGACAACAGUGAGCAUCAUAGCAGCUAUGCAGAAAGUUAUAGACACCCUCCCACUUUUCCUCAGCCCAUAUCUCGUGAAGAUGCUCACCCUGAUUGCAAGGAUUCGCGUUAAAGUGCAAAAGAUUACCCCGCAGGAUGCUAAAACUGCUUCAAUUCUGGGGAAGAUUGAUUCAAUGACGCAAAAAGUGUCUUCAUUCAUCCCCCUGAGGAUUCUCGUGCCUGCUGUUGAUAGUGCCUACAGCCAAUUAAUUGAGGAAGCUGCAACAGAUGCCGUAGCACCGUUAAUGUCCAUCCUUUCUGAUGCUUUUGUGGAUGUGCCAACAAAGGACAUUGCAAUGGUGCAAGUUGAGCUUUCUGAAUUCUUCCUGAGAGCUCUAAAAUUCCGCUCAGCAAAUCCAACACUUGAGGAUGUAAAUGCCAUUGAGGAGAGGAUUGUAAAGGCUCUCGUGUCACUUAUCCUGAAACUCUCAGAGGGCUCCUUCAAACCACUCUACUACCGCAUCUACGAUUGGGCUAUACGUGAAGAGGAGAAUCGUGAUCGUGUCAUUACAUUCUACAGCUUAUCGCAUCACAUUGCUAAAACCCUAAAAUCCCUCUUUGUGGUAUUGGCUGUGGAUUUCGUACAGAAUGCCGCUGAACUCCUCAAUUCUUGCAAUUUGGCCAAAGUGGCCACGGAAGAGGAGCUCUACUACGCCAAUGAUGCAAAGAAAUGCGAGACCUUGCUUGAGAAUAUCUUGCAGACUUUCCUGCAUAUCUGUACGUACGAUAGUAGGCAAUUUAUGACGGUGCACAGGUGCGAAAUUAUCCUGCAACCAUUGAUUGAUCAACUUGACAACCCUCUUGUGCAAAAGAACAAUCUCAAGACACUCCUUUCGACGACAAUUGCCAGCCUUGGAGCUGCAGGAGCGGACAAUUUGUGGCAACAGCUAAACUAUGGGGUUCUCCUGAAAACCCGGCAUACAAAUCCCGAAGUUAGGCUUCUUGCAUUGGGAACUUGUGUGGAGUUUGCACGAAAAAUUGGGCAGGAUUUCCAGAGUCUUCUCCCGGAGACAAUUCCAUUCCUUUCGGAGCUUCUUGAGGAUGAAAAUGAAGAGGUGGAGCGUGGAUGUAAGCGCCUUAUUCACGAUCUCGAGGGGAUUCUCAAUGAUUCACUACAGAAGUACUUUUAGUGUGAGAGGCGCGCGCGAGAGUUAAAAAAUAAAAAGUCCCCCAAAGAUA